AAUGGGAAGGACCAUGUUAUUUUAUUUAUUUGCACGGUUUUAUAGCCACCCGUUUCAUAAGAAAGUGACUUUUAUUAUAACUCCAUGUGGGAUUGAUAGUGUCUGCUUUUCUUCUGGAAACUAAAUUGCAAAGAGCAAUAGGUGGGGGGAAUCAAAUAGCUUUCCUAGGGUGUGUAUUUUGUAGAGACAUUCAUAGAUGCCUCGCUACCCCGCCCAAAGCUGAUCUAUAUUACAUUAUUCUAUAUACUUUUAUAUUUUAUUAUGACAUAUAUCGUAAUGUGUCUGCUUAAAUACACCAAUGUGUUUUUGUUAUAGUAUCCUUUGAUUUCAUGGGGGGGGUGGUCUUUCCAUCUCUCAUGUCCCCCCUUGUGUUGCUUACCUGGGGCCCCUGAAAUAUGGCUUUUAGGGAGCUCCUUUGCAGCUGGGCAGCCCUUUAAUGGGAGCAGAUGAGGGUCCCAUCCCUAAUUCCAUAGACCCUGGUUUAAUUGGGAGUUGCUUUUUUCAGGGGGGUAGUAACCUUUUCUCCCACCCUUCUGUUUGAAAUUCUGGGAAUUGGGCUUUUUAAAAUGAAAUUACAGUGGGUGCGACUGGGGAGAUGCUGUGGGGAGAGAAAGUGCAAAGGGUAGCUGAAGAUGAAAGUGCCUAUUCUUUGGGGGGGGGUGAACAAUGUUGGAAGGACGGAUGCAUGUCCUCUCAAAAGGGUUGCACUGUUUGGGGGUUGGAAAGCUUCCAAGCAGCAGCUGAAAAGCAACAGCUUUGGCAUCCAGAGACAGUGGUAGGAGGGGGAGGUUUCCUGGAAAUACUAGAGACUGGAUGAAAACCCACCCUGCAAGAUGGCCAGCCAUUUCUGGAAAAAGUGAUGCUUAAAAACAAUGUUCUAGAAGACUGAAGUGUGGUGGGCUGAUUUCCCUAAACCCUUUUCCUGGAUCACAUCUUUAUUUUAUAUCCAAAGGCGAGACCAGAAAGGCCGUUUUGAUGUUUUGUGUGGCACCCGUUGGACCAGGGCCCAUCAUGAACAUCACGAAGGGAGGCCUGGUCCUGUUCUCGGCCAACUCCAACCCCUCCUGCAUGGAGCUGUCCAAGAGGAUCGCUGAGCGUCUGGGGGUAGAGAUGGGCAAGGUUCAGGUGUACCAGGAGGCAAACAGAGAAACGAGGGUGCAGAUUCAAGAGUCAGUCCGAGGCAAAGAUGUCUUCAUUAUCCAGACCGUUUCAAAGGACGUGAACACCACCGUCAUGGAGCUGCUGAUCAUGGUCUAUGCCUGCAAGACCUCCUGCGCCAAAAGCAUCAUCGGCGUGGUCCCCUACUUCCCCUAUAGCAAGCAGUGCAAGAUGCGGAAACGGGGCUCCAUCGUCUCCAAGCUGCUGGCCUCCAUGAUGUGUAAAGCAGGGCUGACUCACCUGAUCACCAUGGAUUUGCACCAGAAGGAAAUCCAGGGGUUCUUCAACGUCCCGGUGGACAACCUGAGAGCAUCGCCGUUCUUGCUGCAGUACAUCCAGGAAGAGAUCCCAGACUACAGGAACGCUGUGAUUGUGGCCAAAUCUCCUGCAUCUGCGAAGAGGGCGCAAUCGUUUGCUGAGCGCCUGAGGCUGGGCAUUGCCGUGAUCCACGGAGAGGCUCAAGAUGCCGAGUCUGACCUGGUGGACGGGCGCCAUUCACCCCCAACUGCCAAAAGUGUUGCCGCCAUUCACCCCAGCUUGGAGAUACCCAUGCUGAUUCCGAAAGAGAAGCCGCCCAUCACAGUGGUUGGAGAUGUUGGGGGACGAAUAGCCAUCAUUGUGGAUGACAUCAUUGACAACGUGGACAGCUUCCUUGCGGCCGCCGAGACCCUCAAGGAGCGGGGGGCCUAUAAGAUUUUCGUCAUGGCCACCCACGGCCUCCUCUCCUCCGACGCCCCCCGGUUGAUAGAGGAGUCGGCAAUCGAUGAGGUUGUGGUGACCAACACUAUUCCUCACGAGAUCCAGAAACUGCAGUGCCCCAAAAUUAAGACAGUGGACAUCAGCUUGAUCCUCUCGGAGGCCAUCCGCAGAAUCCAUAAUGGGGAAUCCAUGUCGUACCUUUUCAGAAACAUAGGACUAGAUGACUGACCGUUUCUUGGGCAGGCUUGAAGAAAAAAAAAAAAAGAUUUUUUUAGGGCCAAACUGGACACGGGACAGAAACCCAGCUGUGAAAUUUUUUUGUGGCUUAAUCUUUGUAUUUCGGUGGGACCCCUUUUUUUAUUAGAUCGCUUUUAUUUUUCCCUUUCUUUCCGGUGGUUUAAAUGGAGUAGAUAAAAUUCUCAGAGCUAUUUUCCUUUUUGUUUUUGAAAAAGAGAAAGGAUUUUAUAAAAAGUUCAACCCCCCCCCCCUUUCAGCUUCUAGAGACGGUCAGGUUAGCUGUGCUAUUUUGCAGGACAGACCCCCGUGCUGAGUUUUUUUUCUUUGCUCCAGCUUCAUUGCAACGAAUCCAAGUUCGGAAACAUGAUCCAUUGAUCGUUUUCCUCUUUUGGGGGGUGGUGGUGGUUGGGGGUUGGGGUGAUUUUGGCGGCAGGAGGGACUGCACCUCCAAGGCAUUCAUUUCUAACAUGGAUCCGGAACUGGGAUGGACCCUUGUUCAUUGUCCCAGAUAACAUGAAGAGCCUUGCACUCCAUAGAGCAGUGUUUCUCAGGCUUGGCCACUUAAAGAUAGGUGGACUUCAGCUCCCAGAAUCCAAGCUGGCUAGGGAAUUCUGGGUCUUGAAGUCCAUCCCUCUUACAGUGGCUGAGCUUGAGAAGUACUGCCGUAGAGCUUAAGAUAAAGGCACCCAUGUCAGACUCGUCUACUUGUCACGUGAAAACAGCCGCUUCGUAGAAGACACAGUUGCACAUAAAGGAAGGAAAUGAACGGAAGCAGCUGUUUUCAUAGGAGUUGAAUCCUGGGAAUUGAAGUCCACCCAUCUUAAAAGUGGCCAAGCUUGGGAAAGACUGCUGUAGCGUUUGGGAUGAAAGCACCCAUGUCAGAGUUGGCUACUUGGCCUUGAAAACAGCCGCUUCUAUUCAUUUCCAUCGUUCGUGUGCAUUUUUAUGUAUCUUCCCAUGCGAUUCACACAAGACGCUUUCUGCGUUAUUGAAGGACAAGGUAGCCCAUAAUCCUCCUUCCUGCUCUUCCCAGCUUGCUUUCAAGUGCUUUUGUGCAUUCGACAAACGGUAGCUACAGCAUCGCGUUUGUAUCCAAGACCAGCCAAACAAGAAAACCGCAGCAUUGUACGCAGUUCCGUGAUAUUUUUUUUGUAACCAUGCUUUUAUAGGAAAACAACCAUAAGGAAUGUGCACUGGUAUUUAUUCCCUGGCACAAAUAAAAUGACUCUGGUUUUGCGUAA